AUUGGCUGGGGGGCGGGACAACAACAGCAGGUGUGUGUGUGAGAGCAAUUAGCAACAAACAUGCAGGAUUAAUGUGUCCAGAAGAACCUGUUGCGGUCAACCAGUCUUGAGAAAAGUAUCAUUAACGUUGUGAAUACAGAGUUGGCUUCACGGCUAGUCUAAGUUCAACAGUCGUGUUUCGAGUUUACUGUGUCGAGUUUAUCAGCUAAGCUAAUACCGAACAUUGGACUUCUGCUAGCUGUGCUAGCGGUGGCGCUAACGCUUAUCUAGCGCCCAUGUGGAUAUCGUGGGAUCCAAAACAGACGACGGGAAACCAAACAGCGCCACUGGGUGACCAGGUAAAGCUCGGCUGCUCCACUGGCUACAAUGGAAGAUGAACUUUCCUCGUCAGUUGCCACAGAACUGUUUGUGAAUGAGCCCGCCAGUUCAGCUGCAAAAGACAGAGAGACCCGGAUUCUUUUGACACCACUCUCAAAAAGUCUUGUUUCACCUUGGACCUCAACUCCGACUCAGAGCCCCUUAAAAAGAAACCAAAAAAAAACACACUACUCAUCCUCCAAAGACAGGCUGUUUGACACUGAACCUUUUCCAAAAAAGGCUAAAAGACCACAGCUGCAAGCACCAACUCCACUGCCACCUCCACAAGUCAGGGGCCAAUGCAGCACCAAACAGAGAGCAGAUGUUAUCACCAAUAUUACUCUGCUGCUGCAAACAGUGCCUGCCAGUGAGGCCACAGAGGUCAACCAUAAUAGUGUUCACAUUACUCAAGCAGUGGCUCAGAGUGAUGCACCAUGGCUUGAAGCAGGUCAGGACAGGUGGCCAAACAGGGCUAACUAUGAUGCCCUAUCCAUGCCCCGUGAAAACUCACAGCACUCUUCAUGGCCAAGUGAAGAUCAGAGCAGCCAGUCAGAGGCCGGCCACAAUAAUAUAAUGCAAACUCCACAAGGUGGCGUCAGUUUGUCACUUCCGUCUCUGUUGUGCUGGAGGGCAGUGAUAGUCAGAUCAGAGGGCUUGAUCCCUUGUGCAGACGCAGCCGUGAACCACAGUGACGGAUGACCUGCCCUAAUGGCUCCCAAGGGCAAGUAAAAUGGGCUGGUGGGCAGUCUUUGAACUAGUAAAUACAAAGAAAUGUUUAACUUCAGAAAUGUCUCCCACCGGUGCUGUUCCCUCUGCACUGUGACGGACUCUGAAGAUGGGGAGUUGUGUACAAAGGAGGCUGGAGGAUCCUCUGAUGAGCUGUGGAGAUGAGUUUAAUGUCAGAGUAUCUGUACUCACUUGAAUUAUUUUAGAUUUUAUUCAAGUAAGCUAAUUGCUAAAAAAAAAAAAAAAGAUCCAUAUAAAGCUCAUGGGAACAAAGUUGCAAACUUAGUGGGAACAAACUAUCUUGUUAAACUUUCCCAUUAGACUGUGCUGGAUGAAACCUACCACAGGCAAUUAUAAGCAUCUGUGGGAAAAUCAUACUGAGAGGUGGUGAUGUUGGAAUAAUAGGAGCAAUGAAGCUAUACAGAGGAUUGCACUUAAUUGCACAUGGCAAUUUUGAGAAUGUCAGUAAAACUGAUGGGGUUAGGAUUUAUAUGUUUGUCAUGCUCAUGUGACUCCUUAAAAGAUGCCAUCUUGCUUUCCUUUUGAUUAGUUAAAGAUGUUUCUUGCAUUUUCCAUUAUCAUUGGACUUGGUCCAUGAAUAAUGUAUUUGUGUAUAGCUGGGCUUGUUAUUGCAAUUGAGUUUUUUAGCUAACCCUGGCACAUUUACAUUGUUUUUGAAAAUGUCAUGUUUGAUUCAUGUGCAUUGGCCCCUAUAAACGAAUAAUAAAAUAUCACACAUGCAUAUAAUUUGACAGCUCAAAGUGCUGAUAAACUGAAAUGCGUUGCUCAAUUUGCACCUUGAUCACAAUCUAUUAUGUGUUUAAGAGACUGUAAACCAUGACAGGAUUUCUGUAGAAGGAUCCCAUGGGAAUGCACGUUUAUUGCAUUAAAGCAUUACAUUUUCUUUAGUAACUUUCAGUCAUUGAAUGUUAAUUUCACCUAACAGUCAGGACUACACUGCUUUUAAGUGGCAGAAAUAAUAGAAAUCCAAAGCACUGCAUUCAUCUUAUUUGAAAUGAGUAAUUUUACACUGGAGAUCAACACCUUAGAUCAGAUUAUAUAAUAUUUUUGUCUUUGGAGAUGAUGGCGAUGUUAGAUUAGAGCAUCAUAGUGCUGUAAAUUCUUGCCAUGACUUGGCCAAGAAACAUGGCAGCGACACCUCGGACCCCAAUCAAUUUUAGCUUGCCAUCUUUAAUGACUUAUGUGACUGGGGAUGUGCAAAUUAUCAGGGACCAACUGACAGCACAACAGUUGAUGUUUAGUGUGAGAAUGGAAUGUAAUAUGCAUACAUGUGUAGGAGGUGAUGUCACACCUAUAGAUGUGAUGUUUUGGGUAUAAUGCUCCAGACACCAGGGUGAUGGUGUUCUUUGCUCCUAUUGGUCAACAUUCCAUACUGAUGACAUUGUAGCUGUUGUUAAACUAGGUGAGGGAAGACAAAACAAGACUAUUGGUAUAUAGCCACACUAGCAGUUUUGUAAGGCUAGCAAGCGAUGUUCAAUGAGUAAUGUUUACCAUGGUCACCAUGUCAGUUUAGUAUGUUGGCAUGCUUAUAGUCGCUAAUAAGCACUAAAUACAAAACACAUUUGAGGCUGAUGUCAUUUGUUUUGCUGGUAUUUAAAUAAAAAGUAUUCAAAAAAAUGUAAUCUGAUGAUGGCACUAAAAGUUAAGGGAUCAUCAAAGUUAUUACCAUUCAUCCUGAGGGUGAUAUGAACGUGUGAUCCAAAUCACAUGGUAAUCUAUCCAAUAGUAUUUGAGACAUUUCAUUGAAAAUCACAAAUGUCAACCUCAUGGUGGCGCAAGAGGAAAAUCAGGGGAACACCAAAGUCAUUAGGAUACG